CUCUUUCUUCUACACGUCUCCUCUCCAUCCCCACGUCCACCCACCCCACCAAUGGAUUCUCUCCCGCCGCCGCCGUCGCUGCCGCCGUUUGGCUCGUUGCCCUCUCUCCCUUGGCCUGACCUCGUCGCCGGUGCGGCCGGUGCCACCCUACGCCUCGUCUCCGCCCACUCACGCCACUUCCUCGCCCUCUCCUGCCUCCUCCUCCUGCCGCUCUCCCUCCUCCUCCUCUCCCUCCCCACGCCCUUCCCCGGCGCCUCUCCUUCCGUCUCCCUCCGAUCCCCGCAAGAUUCUUGGAGUAACCCCCUCUUGCUUCUCGCUCUCGUGGCGGCGCUUCUUUACCUCGCCGCCUUCGCCGCCGCCGCCGCCAGCGCGCACGCCGGAUUCUUCGGCCGCCCCGUCAAGCUCCUCGCUUCGCUUAUCUCCGUGCCUGCUUCCGUUCUCCGCGUCCUCCUCACAGCCCUCCCGGCCUCCCCUCUUCUGCUUAUCCCCCUGCUCCCACUGCCCGCUGAAAUUAGCACAGGUAUUGCUCUUCUCGGCGUCUCCCUCUUAGCCCCCUUCUGGUCCCUCGCCGGCGCCGCAGCCAUCGUGGAGUCCACUGCUGGGCCCUCCGCGCUCCGCCAGAGCUGCCGGUUGCUCUCCGGGGCACGCCUGGCAGCGCUCUCCGCGUUCUUGGUCUUAGCCGCAGGCAUUGGGAUAGUACUCUGGGGUUUCAGUGGGGUGGCCAUGGAGACAUAUGAUGCUGCCACCGGUUGGGCUGGCAUGGCGCCGGCUGUGGUCAAGGCCAUGGUUGGAACGGCGAUGUUGGCUGCAAUGAUGCUGUAUGGAAUGGUGAUCAACGUGGUAUUGUAUAUGCACUGCCGUGCGCUGCAUGGGGAGCUCACUGGAGAGAUCUACAAUGAAUUUGCAAGCUCAUAUGUCUACCUGCCGUUCGAUGAGGGCAAGGAUCAUCAUAUUGUAUCGGUGGUCACACUUUGGCCUUGAUUGUCUAUCGCGCCAUCUGGAUAAUGGUGAGUUUAUACAUCCCAAUAACAGUUUUGACCACAUAGUGAUGCCCAUGUGUUCAUCGCUGCUCCUCUCUGCAUUAGUGUGUGUUCCUCUGUGCAAUUGAUAAGAUGAAAUGGUGUCUUGUUAGCCUCAGAUGCUGUGCCCUUAACAGAAAAGUGUCUUUUAUAUGUAGGGUGUUGUAUCAAUGUUACUGAAUAGCAAACCAGUAAUUAUAUGGAUGGUUUACCUCAGAACAACAUAGUGGUGUAUCAGGGAUGACUGAAAAGUCCAUUCCAGUUAAAAGAUUCCUGGUUGGAAUUGCUUCA